UCACAGCACCUGAAAGGUACACCUACACGACACACAACACACAACACAAGAGGAGGUGCAUCUGGUGUGGGUCUGUGUCUCUGUGGCUGACCUGUGCAGUUCGACUUUGGACAUCACUUUGCUGUCGUCGUAUGUGAUGUCGUGCAGCUUCGACAGGGGGUCAUACGCAACCACACGUGCACUGUGCCACACACCUGCACAACACAACACACAACACACAGAGAUGGGUCUUAUCUCCCGUCAUGUUGGCCCCUUCCUGCUGCAUCGAUCCCCUACCGUCCUUCCACUUGCAGGUGAUUUUCUGGUUGACGUACGCCUGGGGGUUGGCCAGCACACAGGCACGCUGAGUCAUACGCGACGGACGACUGACAUCAACACAACACAAUUCACACAUCAAUACACACAGACACACAGAGAUCUCUUGUGUCCCCCUGUGGCUCACUUGGGCUGCUCCUGCUGUUUGUGCUGUUUGCUGUCCUCUCUGUCCUUCUUCUUGUGGUCAUUCUUGUUGAUGGGUGGCCGUGGCUGCGAUGGCUUCUUGCUCUGUCUCUGCACAGCAGCAUCGGCAUCG